UAUAAGACCCAGUCUUAUUUUCUGGGAAACACGGUAGAUAGUUUUAGCAUGGUAACUGAACAAGGUUUCAGGCAACCUGGAGAUGCACUGCGACCCAAACCCUCAGCACUUGAAGGCAAAUUCCUCACCUAGAAGAGAAAUACCAUGACGGAAUAGUUGUACCAUGGACCCCAGUGCCCAAGUUGAUUGGAAGCUUAGUUAGGGCUUGAAACUGUUUUUGCUCAAGAGGAAAAAAGCCCCCCAAAAACUGUCCAAACCAAUUAACUGGAGGGAGAUGUGGUAGACAUCACAGAGGGUUAAAUCCCUCCAAGCCCUCUCCUGGAACCAAAAUGAAUGUACAUGUGCAGAUUUAUGGAGACAAUCAUAAAGGGGUUAUGCAAGCCAUAUGACAAGAGGAAGUUGACAGCUGGGAUGUCAGAGGCAAUGAGCUUCGUGAAGUUCCUUAAACCGGCCACCAUUUCUCUGCCAACACUUUUCUCCCCAUCUGGCACAACAUCCCUCCCCUUCUUCAGUUAGCUAACCUCUCUACCUGUUCUUCUGUAACUCACUUCAAACCUUCUCUGGAACAAGACGCUCAAUAAAAUUUGAAUGGAUGGCCCUUCUUUGUGCCACUAACACAACACUUGGACAUAAUUCCAGCGCAUUUGAAUGUUGAUGUACUUGUUUCCCCACAUCUUAGCUCCUUAAAGGCAAGGCAUGGUAUCUGAUUCUGCAUCUCCAAAGCUUAGCACAGUUAAGAGCCUAACAAGUGUGUUGAAUUCAUAAACCCACAAGGCUGACACUGGAUCCCCUCAAAGUAAGUCAGGUGGAAUUCUUUACAGGGCCUUAGGUAGCGCACCCUUGACUCAGGAUGGUUUUCAAAGAGAGAUUAAAACAUAUCCAUGAUUAAGGAAGAUAGGAGGAAAGAUGUAGUAACAUUUUGAGUUUUUGUUUGUAUGUGUAUGUGUGAAGAAAGUGAGACGAGGGGAUAGAAUGCCUUUGGAGUAAAAGACUAAAGUGGCUUGAUUAAGGCGUCUCCCAUCAAGUGACCGAUACAAUUCACCACCAAUUACUGGAAUGUAUGCGUCGGGCGCGGGGGACAAGUGACACACUUUAAAACAAAUUUGUUGGAUAAUGAAGCAAUGGUGCUUGCUCCCAGACAAAAUGUCCAAGAACACUAACAACUGUCACAAUACAACAGUGGGUAAGUUUUUCCGCACGCUUUCAAAAUCGCCGCUUGCCUUCUCCUGCUCUCCUGCUUUUGGGGAAAAAAAACCCAUUCCUUGCUCAAGUCAGGGAAACUUUCUUAAAAUACAUAAAAGAAAAAUCCUUGCCCUGAAGUGUCAAGACGAGUCUGGGGCUGUGGACUGCGGCCGAACCUCUUCCUGGGAAGUGGCGGUGAACCCCACUCCUCAAGCGUCUCCUGGGGGUUCCGAUGGUACCGAGGCCACGAUGGGCGAGCAGAAGCCCCCAGCCCCAGCGGCUCGCCAGGGGAGUGAGCAGAGAAGGUCUCCGGCCGCCUCUCGGGCAGUGCAGCUUCCUCCAGACACGCCAAAGGGGUGGAGUAUGGCUGGCGCAGGGCCAGAGCAGGGAGCCCCGCGAAGCCCUCACGCCACCUGGCCCGCGCGACCCGGAAGCAGAUGCGGGCGGCGCGGCGCAGCCGGGGUUGCGGUUCCGGGUCGGGCAGCGCCGCAGCCUGCGCUUCGUUCGCCGCCGCAGCGCCCCGCCCCCGCGCUCCGGACUUGAGCAGGCAGUGGCCGCCCGGCCGCUCCCAGGGCCACAUGGCUGAGGGGGACGCAGGGAGCGACCAGAGGCAGAAUGAGGAAAUUGAAGCAAUGGCAGCUAUAUAUGGCGAGGAAUGGUGUGUCAUCGAUGACUGUGCCAAAAUAUUUUGUAUUAGAAUUAGCGACGAUAUAGAUGACCCCAAAUGGACACUUUGCUUGCAGGUGAUGCUACCAAAUGAAUACCCAGGUACAGCUCCACCUAUCUAUCAACUGAAUGCUCCUUGGCUUACAGGACAAGAACGUGCGGAUUUAUCGAAUAGCCUUGAGGAAAUAUAUAUAGAGAAUAUUGGUGAAAGUAUCCUUUAUCUCUGGGUGGAGAAAAUAAGAGAUGUUCUAAUACAGAAAUCUCAGAUGACAGAACCAGGCCCAGACGUAAAGAAGAAAACUGAAGAGGAAGAUGUUGAAUGUGAAGAAGAUAUCAUUUUAGCCUGUCAACCAGAAAAUCCAGUUAAAGCAUUGGGUUUUGAUAUCAGUGAAAAUCGAACAGAAAUAGAAGAAUUACCUCCGAUUGAUCAUGGCAUUCCUAUUACAGACCGAAGAAGUACUUUUCAGGCACACUUGGCUCCAGUAGUUUGUCCCAAACAGGUGAAAAUGGUUCUUGCCAAAUUGUAUGAAAAUAAGAAAAUAGCUAGUGCCACCCACAACAUUUAUGCAUACCGAAUAUAUUGUGAGGAUAAACAGACCUUCUUACAGGAUUGUGAAGAUGAUGGGGAAACAGCAGCUGGUGGGCGUCUUCUCCAUCUCAUGGAAAUUUUGAAUGUGAGAAAUGUCAUGGUGGUAGUCUCACGUUGGUAUGGAGGGAUUCUGCUAGGACCAGAUCGCUUCAAACACAUCAACAACUGUGCCAGAAACAUACUAGUGGAGAAGAACUACACAAAUUCACCAGAGGAAUCAUCUAAGGCUUUGGGAAAGAACAAAAAAGUAAGAAAGGACAAGAAGAGGAGUGAACACUAAUACCUGAAACUAUAUGAAAGGUUAAUUUGCCUAUAAUUACAUACAAAUUCCACAGUCAUUAAAGAAUAUAUUGUGCAGAGAGGGCACUCUGGACUGCUCAAGUCGGCCAGUUCAUCGUGGACACCAACAUUAUCUUUUCUUCUUUGGUUAUAUCAUUUGCUAAAAAUAGAGAACUUGUGAUAUAUUCAUGUGUGUUUCAGGCUGAUUUGAAAGGAUUAAUUUGAACUUAAUCACCACUUCACCUAAUUUUUGGAAAGUAACAGUUGCUCAGAGCAGUACCUGAAUUAACUGUUCAUUUCAGUACAUGUCAAGUGCCUUUGUUAGGUGAGGAAGAAAUGUCUCUGGAGGAAUAUAAAUACCUGAUUUCUUGUCAUUGGGAUUCUCAUUUUGUUAAAUGAAUAUUGCCUUUUACUGCUCUUUAUGGCUUAUUGGAAUAGGAGCUCACUGAAGAUUGAUCUUAGAGAGUUUCUCCUUGUGGUUUUAGUUCAUAAGUAUGUCACCUUUCAUUUUAUAGCAUUCAUCAUUGAGUAAUGGAUUGAUUAAGUAAAAAUCCAGGAGUAUCCAUCUGCAGUUAUGUGCUGAAGUAAUUCACAUCUAACAUAUUUGGUAGCAUAAGUGUUAUGCCUCAAUUUCUGUCGCACAUUGGUGAUUGUGAAAUUUCAAAAAGUGAUUUUCUAGCCUCUACUUUUUUUAAUUCUUGUAAUGUGAACAAUAAAUGUAGAGUGUCAGUAGUCUCCUCCCACCCCUGAAAUGUAUUGGUGUAAUAUUCUCAUUUCUUUUAAUAACCUAGAAGUUCCUUUCUUGUGAUCUUCAUUGAGGAAUUAGAACUGUACUAGAAGCUAUGCUGUGGUUAAGGACAUUUAUAGAAUGGAUAGAUAGAGGUGGCAGAACAACACUGGUAUAGGGCAAGAGUAUGUUGUGUCGUUAUGGAAACGUGAUGCACGUUUCCCCUCUGCACUCCAGCCAUCUUUCUCAAUUCCAUUGCUUUGUGGAGAGAAGGAACAAGCCCUCUGAUUGGAAAAACAAAAUCCCUCUUUCCCCCCUAUUCUUGUCAAAUCUUUUCAUCAGUGUUUUAUGUUCCUUUCAUCUGCAAGUUGUGUGGUUUACCUAUAAGCAUCUAGACAAUAAGUUUACCUUUGAGAUGUAACAAGUCAUCAACCAUUCCCUUUCCAAUUGAUUAUAAUUAUAUAUAUAAUUUUAUAUAUAUAUAUAUAUAUGGGUUUACCUAACGUUCCCUUCCAAAGAGAAGGAACAGAAAUUAGGAGGCAACUUGGGAUGGUGUGGGAGCAUGGGAAGCAUCAGAGAAAAGUGGACACAGACAUGUUUUUUUUUUUUUCUGUUCUCUGAUGUUUUACCUUUAAAAAAAUCCUUACUUGCUAUUUUUAAUAAGAAUCUAGUAAAUAGCUUUACAUUAGGAUGGGUUCUGAGAAAUAAAAUCUAAAUUAUAUUUAUUUGUUUAAUGUUACCUGUUACCAAGUCAUCAGAGGAUGACAUGUAUUUACAACACUUUACCUCAGAUUCCGUGAAAAAUUAAGUAUCCUUGUGUUAACUUAAAAUAAGUAAAGUUAAAGGCUAUUAAUUAAAAUAAUUUUGCAAGUUUAGCAUAUCAAACCUGUGAUAGAAGAUAUAAAACAGUAAGACUUUGGUGUUGCAGAAAAAUAAAUAUGAGUUAAUUUUUCUGCACCAGCAAAUUUGAAUUUCUUUCUUGCUGUUUUAUGUAAUACUUAUGUAGGUCUUUAUAAAAAACCUUUAUAGCUGGGAUCUCAUUUUCCUUUUAUUUAAAAACAAUCUUAUUAUUGCUUCUUUCUACAAAAUUAUUAAUCACAUUUUCCUGACUAAAAACCCUAAUCUCCUAUGCCCAGUCAGUUAGUAAGGAGAGAUCUAAAAAUCUCCAAUUCUGGAAAUUGAGUUAUUCCACACUCUACCAUUUGGACCCCUAACUAAUGAUAGUAUCUUUUUUCUCUUUAAAAUUUAUCUCAAUUAGGAUUUUCAACUUCUCCAAAUAAUAACUUUCUAUAGCCAAAUUAUGCCGUGGCAUAUUUUAUAGUAUACUGUAUUAGUUAAAAAUAUUCUCCAUAUGCCAAAAUACAAGAGCAAGUAGCAUCUACUUUUUAAAUGGGAAUAGCAUUUGGAGGUACAUAUGAAACAGAGCUUAUUCGAAGAGAGCUAUAUCAAAUUAAUCACAACCAAGAAAGAAGAGCAUGAAGCAGAUACUGUUGGUAGGGAAGGUGAAAUUUAUUGGGAAAAUUGUAUAAUUGCCUCUAGUUCCACUAUCUGAAUAUAACCAUUAGUAACAUUUGGUAUGCAUAUCCUUCUAUUUUUUUCACAUGCAUGAUUUUGUACAUAUGCUAUUUUUCUUUCCAUAAAAAUGGUAUUAAA